AUGAAACAAACGAAACGGCAACACAAUGACCUAGUUCAAAUUUCAAGUAGCAAUAAAAAACGAAAAUUAGAAAAUCAAAUAACAGUAAUCAAUUCAAAUAAAUAUCUUCUUGAAGACUUACCAAAUGAGAUUCUUUAUGAAAUAUUUGGAUAUCUUGAUCCUUAUGAUAUUUAUAAAGGAUUUUACAAUCUUAGUAAACGAUUUCAAAAUCUAGCUAUUAAUUCAAAUAUUUUAACUAAAAUCAACAUUUCAACAAUAUCAAAAUCAAAUUUUGAAGAUUAUUAUCAAAAUAUUAUUAUACCAAAUCGAAAUCGAAUUAAAUUACUUCGUUUAUCAAAUCCAUUUACUGUUGAUAUUAUUUUUGCACCACCACGUACUAUUUUAAAUUUUGGUCAUCUUGAAAUAUUAAUUCUGGAUAGUGUACAAAUUAGAUAUUUUACUAAAGUGUUUCGUCAUUUAAUAGAGUUGCCAAAAUUACAUUCAUUAACUAUAUCUCUUACUGAUUACAAUCAAUCAUUAGAUGUUAUUUUUUCAAAUAUUUUUCAUUUACAAAAAUUAAAAUAUUGUAAAAUUGAAUAUGAAAUCAAACGUCUCGAAGAUGAACCAGUUCAACUUAAUUUUACUCAUCGUGAUUUCAGUCCUAUUGAAUGUUUAAUAAUAAAUGGUCGUUUUCCAUUUAAUGGAUUCAAGAAUUUAUUAUGGCGUCUUCCUAAACUUCAACAUUUAUCGAUAAAUUGUCUUGUUCAACCUUAUUAUUAUGUGAAACAAGAAAAAUUACCUCAUAUUGAAUUAAAAGAUUUAAAAUACGUUUCUCUUCAAUUUGAUUUCAUAGAUUUUCAUAAAUUUGAAAAGAUUAUCAAAGAAUUUUUUUAUCGCGUUCAAAUUUUACGUCUUACAACACAUAUGGAUACAGAAUGUUUAAAUGCUAAACGAUGGCAGGAAUUAAUAAUGUCCUACAUGCCAUAUUUACGUAUAUUUGAUAUAAAUCAUGAAGAUUAUUUUGGGAAGAAUAAUUUCACAUAUCAUCACAUAAUUAAUCAGUUUAAUUCUUCGUUUUGGAUGGAAAAAAAAUGGUUUUUUACACAUCAACAUGAUCAGAAGAAUCAAUUAGGUAGUGGAAUUCUUUAUUCAACCACGCCAUAUCGACGAAAAGAUUAUACGUAUUAUUGGGAGUCAGUCGGUCCAAUAUGUUCAAAUAUUCAAAAAGAAAAUUUUGAUUCAGUUAAACAUCUUUAUAUUGCUAGUGAAGAAAUCUAUGGUAAUUGUGUGAAUUAUUUUCCAAAUGUUAAUGAAUUAUCUAUUAAAAAUGAAUUUAAAACAUCAGGUGAUUCGAUUAUUGCAAUUCUUCAUCGUAUGAUUCCUUUAAGGCAACUGACCAAACUAGUUAUUGAGUCUCAUUUAUUUCCAAUGGAAGACAUUAUCAAUUUAUUACGUUUUACACCUAAUGUACAUACGUUAAGCUUGAAUUUAUAUAUUCUUGAUGAUUUUAAUAUAAAUUCAAAUAAACAAAAAGAAAUUUGUCAAUAUGUAUUAAAGAAAAAUAAAAUACAAAAUUUAAUUCUUAAUCUGAGAAAUGGCAAUAUUAUAAUAUCACCAAUUCGUCAUCGUGCUCGUCGUACAAACACAACAAAAGAAAAUACAAAUAAGAAUAAAAAAAAAAAUGUUGAAGCAGCAAAUAGUUAUAAAUUUUAUCAAUGA